AUGGGGUUCUUGCGGAUUCGUCCAGGCAAGACGACCACGACACCGCCAAGCACUCCGGAAGAAUUGCGGCUCCGCCACAGGCGCAUUGGGCUAGCCUGGGAUUUUGUAAAAGCGCGUCACACCACACGCACUUGGUUGCCUACAUCAUCGGUCGACACGUUCCGCAAAUUGUCCGAUUAUGUUUUGGGUGCAUCAGUCGCUGGUCUGCGCGCGGCCGACCAGCGAAGUCCCACGUGGUCUCUGGUCCUCACUUAUGAGCUGGAAUUGCGAAAGGCCGCUUAUCGGUUUGUUCGGGAUGGUGAUUGUGCUUGCAUCGAUUCUGCAAUCGAAAAGGCCAUGGACAGUCCAAAGUUGUUGACAGAGCAUUUUGUAGUACCUUUCACGCUGGGCAAAUCAUUUUCCCCUGCCAGCGGAAGCCCAGCACAUGAAAAGGGCUUUGGAAAAGGCAAACAGAUGCCGUCCUGGGACAGGCAAUGGGGCAAAUCCUCUAAGACACCUGAAGGCAAGCCGAUUUGUUUCAAGUUCCAGAAAGGGAGGUGCUCCGACAAGGCUUGUCGAUUUGCACAUGCGUGCCAGCGUUGCUUCGGUCGCCAUCCCUUCACGCAGUGCCGUUUCAAGAAGGAGGCUGGAAACGGGCGGGUGCCUGAGGAGAGUGCGCGCUUGGGGCAUGACAAGCGUAGCCGUGAGCUGGAUGAGGACAAGGUCGAAGAUUGGGCAUGGGAGCGAACAGGUGAGCUUGCAUGGCAAAAAUGUGAGGUGGAGUGUCAGGAAAUUAGUUCAGACGAAGACAUUGACAAGGUUGCGAAGCCAAAGAAGGGUGCGGGCCUAUGGGGUGAUGGACCGCCGCUUGCUUCAAGACUGUUGGGAAAGAGGCAGGAGUUUGCAGAUGGAUUUGGCUUGUGUUCUGCAGGUCGUUGGGAGCCUCACAAACGACAGUGUGCCGCUAGCAUGCCAUGCUUAGGUUUUGCAGAGCAGAUUGGUGUUGAAUUGUUGAAAAUUUUGCGGAGUCAUUUAGACAUGCGUGCUCUGGCGAUGAAGCUUGCAGUGGGUCGUGUGCAAUCUACGCCCUUUUCUGAUGAGCUGAUUAGUGCAGGUCGAGAGCUGCUUUUCACAGCAUUAGAAUUUGCAGGUUCUAAAUUGCCGGUGCGCGAGAGGCAGGGGGGGCAACCCUUUUUCUUAGCGGCCAUUGAAGAGUUCUUGCGAAUUUCGGGCGACCCCGACAGCAGAGCGUUCUACACAUCAAGCAACUCCUUUGCUAAAGGAGUGCGCGUGGGGCCAAAUGCCAAACUGCCUCGCGUUCCUGCCGUAUUUGAGAAGAAGAUUAAGUGGAGACAAUACAAAGAAGAAGAGAGUAGCCUAGACAUGGAGAGAGAUAACUAUUUGUCAGCCCGUGAUCAUGCUCGACUCGUUCAGAAGCAAUUUGAAACUGAAGCUGCUAUGGGUUGCAUGAUUGAGAUGCCUUUGAGUGAAGCAAAGCAAAAAUUUGGGGAUCGGCUGGCCCUAGCGUCCUUAGGAGCGAUAGGGAAGAAGGAUGGAUCGGUCCGUGUGAUCCAUGACGGGACACAUGGCGUUGGAGUGAAUCCAGCCAUUGUGGUCCGGGAUCAGCUCCGCACACCAACUGCCGGUGAUCUGCAAACUGUGUUGCAAGUACUACCAGGUGCGUGGUUUGGCUUGACAGGUGAUGUGGCGCGAGCGCAUCGGUUGGUGCGAGUUGCUGAAGAAGACUGGGGAUUACAGGCGUGCAAGACAGACGUGCGCCCAGAUCAUAUUUGGAUUAAUACUGUCGGAACAUUCGGCAUUGGGAGCGCGGCAUACCAUUGGAGUAGGCUCAUGUCUGGGGUGGGUAGAGCUGCGUACUACCUGCUGGGGCAGAGCGAGCUAUUCAUUCUUGUUUACGUUGACGAUUUACUUUGGAUCACGCGCGAUAAAGUCGGAAUUGAGAAGAUUAUCUUGACCAUUUACUUCAUGACCAUUGUUGGCUUGCCGUUUGCAUGGAAGAAGUUUCAAGGAGGUGUGGACCUGGCCUGGGUUGGUUUCGAGUUAUGCUUGAAAGGAAGUAAGCUCGGCUUGUCGUUGGCGCGAUCGCAAUGGUUGGUUAAGUGGCUCAGUGACACAGCAGAUUUGGGUCGAGUGCGUAUUGCGGAUAUGUCUGCAGUAUUGGGCCGUCUUUCUUUUGGCUUGACUGCGCUGGGACACUUGAGGCCGUUUUUGGGGCCAGUGUACGCAUGGACGGCAGCAAUGACGCGAAAGGUUAUCACAGGCAACCUGCCAAAGGCGAUCAUCUUGAUCUUUAAGUUCUUGGCAAAGGCCUUAGCAGACGGUGGGCGCCUGGCAUCUGUGCCACCAGCCCCGGGAGACCAGGUGGAACUGUUUCGGACAGAUGCCCGCGCAGAAGGAAAUGAGAUUUGGAUUGGCGGCUGGGCUAUGGAUAGCACGGAGACAAAACGCUGUAGAUGGUUUUCUGAAAAAUUGGAUCACGUAUCUGCGCCUUGGCUUUUUACUGCAGGUGAAAGCUACAGACAGAUUGCAUCGCUUGAGCUGCUAGCCUCGUUAGCUGCGGUUGUCGUCUUCGGGGUGCCAGUGCAAAUGCAGGGCAGAAUCCAUUGUUCGGCUGGGACCGACAACAAAGGAAAUAGCCAUGUGGUUGCAAGGUUGCUCACAACCAGAUUGCCCCUUGCUGCGUUUUUGAUGGAGCUGGCUAUGCAGUUGCAAAUGGUUGGCGCGAACCUCGAGUUGUACUGGCUGCCGCGGCUUCAAAACCAGGAAGCUGAUGCGCUCACAAACAACGAUCUGACUAGAUUUGAUGAGCAGCUGCGGCAAAGGUUUGACUUGGCCUCAUUCAAAGGACUGGUCUUGUCAGACAUGCUAGCUUGCGGAACAGAGCUGUAUGAAGAGAUUAAGGUAGCGCGACAGCGAAAAGCAGUACAACAUGCGCAACGUGGACGAAAGUCGGACGCGCUUAAAGUGGCGCAGCCCUGGGGUUGA